AUGGAUCAACCAACCAAUCAACUAACCAUCCAACCAAUCAAUCAACCAAACAACCAACCAAUUAACCAACCAAUCAAUCAACCAACCAAUCAACCAACCCAGCAGGAUGCAUCAGACUGGCAGUCCCUAUGGUACACUUACGAGAGCAGGACGAGCCAUCUGGCCCAGGACCUCUGCGAGCAACUCAGACUCAUCCUUGAACCUACCCAAGCCGCUAAGUUAAAAGGUGACUACCGAACUGGAAAGCGCAUCAGCAUGCGGAAGGUCAUCCAGUAUAUCGCCAGCCAGUUCCGCAAGGAUAAGAUAUGGCUGAGGAGGAGUAAGCUGAGCAAAAGAAGAUACACUGUGAUGGUGGCCGUCGAUGAUAGCAGUAGUAUCACGUUCAAUGAUAGUAAAGAGGUAGGGAGGGGUAUCAUGAUACUGGAGAUGUUACUGAUGAUGAUGGUGAUGGUGGUGAUGAUGGUGGUGGUGAUGAUGAUGAAGACAGCAGUAGUAUCCUGUAGAAAAGAGGUAAGGGAGAAUUAA